AUGUCCGCCGCUCGAGACCCCACGGCCGAGCCCCGCACCGCAGCCGCCCGCCGCCCGGCCGACCGGCGACCCGGCUCCGUCACCCGCUCGCAGGUGGAGACGCUCGCAGCGGCCUGUCGGCGUCGGAGAGGACGGACGGUGGAGAAGCCGGAUGGUCUCGAGACGAGGCGGCUGUCGGUGCCGGAGAGUGGGAGGCGGCUGUCGGCGCCGGAGAAUUGUGAGGAUCUAGAAAAGAUCCACCCUUCUAUUAAUGACAUCAACACCCUCAUCUCCUUGAAUGUCAAUGGUUGUUCAAAACUAAAGGAACUACCGCUUGGUGUCGGUAGAAUGGAAGAAUUGAGGGAGCUUCUCUCAAAUGACACUAUGAUACGGGAGAUUCCUAUUGCGGGAGAAAUUGAAGAAUUACCCGAAUCAAUUGGUUCUUUGAAGAAGCUCAAGACUCUUGAUGCCUCUUAUUGCCACUCAUUAGCCUGCAUACCAAGCUCUAUAGGCCACGUGGCAUCUUUAUCUCUCCUGGACUUAACGGGGUGUGAUAAAUUUGCUCAACUUCCGGACACCAUAGGCUCCCUCACAUCGCUGCAAAGCGUGUUAUUAUCGGAAUGCCACUCGAUGAGAGAAAUGCCAGACUCCAUCGAAAAGUUGGAAUCAUUGACCGAGUUGCAUUUAAAAUAUACAGCAUUUGAAGAAUUGCCCGAAUUUAUCGGUUCUUUAAAGAAGCUCGAGACUCUUGAUGCCUCUUAUUGUGCAUCAUUAGCCCGCAUACCAAGCUCCAUAGACCAUUUGGCAUCUCUGUCUCUCCUUGACCUAAGGGGGUGCAAUAAACUUGCUCAACUUCCCGACACCAUAGGCUCCCUCACAUCGCUAGGGACGUUGUUGCUAUCGAAAUGCCACUCAUUGAGAGAAACAUCAGACUCCAUCGGAAAGUUGGAAUCAUUGAUCAACCUGGGUUUACAAUCCACAUCAUUUGAAAAAUUACCUAACUUCAUAGGCUCUUGA